GUCAGUGUUCAUCCACCCACAGACUAGAGUCGACGGGCGCCACCCUCCUCAGUGUUGCUUGGGGCAGUAGCUGAGACACUUUGUCUUCAGUAUUCUACCACUUAUCACUGAUCAAGUGUAGCUCAGCAGUCACCGACAGCUUGGAGAGUACUGUGAAACACUCCUGAAAGUGCUAUCUAUCGCUUCAGAACUCUACUCUUAACGUAUAGACGUCGACAAAAAAAGAAAACCCAAGAAGUGAAUAAUGAGUUGGUUAGUGACGGUCGUGUGUGCGGUGGUGGUGAUUUGGAUACUGAAGAAAUACUGGUCCGACUUCCGAAGGAGGUACUUUGCAGCGUUCAUGAACUACUUCAGCCAGGGUGUGGAUACCAAGGUGCUGGAGAUGAAGAAAGACGUGUUCGCCACGCUGGGGUCGGAGGUGUCACACGACCCGCAACUCAGGAAAGAAAAUGCCAUCAAGAUCCUCGAGAUCGGAGUUGGUACAGGAGUGAACUUCGAGUUUUACCCUGACGGAACGAGGCUGGUGGUGGUGGAUCCCAACCCUCACUUCAAGGCUUACUAUGACAACAACAGGAAGAAGUUUCCCAACAUAACCUGA